CUUUAAUGCUGUUAGUUACGGAAAGUCGACCACGGCAAACGCGAGAGAGAAAACACAUCGUCUUGUUGGCUCUAGGAGACACAAACUUCUGCUACCGGUCACUCACCAUCUCCGUUCUCUACAAUGCUUUACAGAGGUAAAUUUGCUGAUGGAGGCGAUGGACGGGAAAUGGCUUCAAAACGUCAGCGGACCGUUGAUGCGGGAUCUUCAUUCUAUGGUUCCCCAGGUUCCAGUUAUAUGUACAAUCCAUCUCCAUAUGGAUACGUGAGCCAACCUCCUCCUCCUCCACCGUUCCCUGUUGUUCGACUGCGUGGUCUUCCCUUUGAUUGCACUGAAACUGAUGUGGCCGAGUUCUUCCAUGGUCUAGACAUAGUUGAUGUUCUUUUUGUUCAUAAAGGUGGCAAGUUUUCCGGGGAAGGCUUUUGUGUAUUGGGGUAUCCUCUUCAAGUCGAUUUUGCUCUUCAAAGAAACAGGCAGAACAUAGGUAGAAGAUACGUUGAAGUUUUCAGAAGUAAGAGACAGGAAUACUACAAGGCUAUUGCAAAUGAGGUUUCAGACGCUCGAGGUGGUUCACCUCGUCGAAGUGCUCCUCGGGCUAAAUCAUACGAUGAAGGAAAAGAUUCGGCUGAACACACAGGGGUGUUGCGACUUAGGGGAUUACCAUUUUCUGCAAAUAAGGAUGACAUAAUGGAGUUCUUUAAGGACUAUGUUCUGUCAGAGGAUUCAAUUCAUAUUGUAAUGAAUUCAGAGGGUAGACCUUCUGGGGAGGCUUAUGUGGAAUUUGAAAAUGCUGAAGAUUCAAAAGCAGCCAUGGUAAAGGAUAGAAUGACACUUGGGAGUCGCUAUAUAGAGCUAUUCCCUUCGUCACAUGGUGAGAUGGAAGAUUCAAUUUCAAGAGGACGAUGAAUGCUUGGCGGGUUAUCUCAUUCAGUCUCUCAUAGUUAUAAUUGUUUAGCUUGAUCUGAUAAUAAUCAUGAAGAUUUUGCUCAGAGAUAUUUUAUUGCUUUAUUUGUUGUCUUAGGAUCAAUAUACUUUUUUAAGUGUUGUGAUAGUGAUAAAUAGUAUGAAGAUCAGAUUGAAUUAUAUGGAA